UCCUCCUCCUCUUCCUCCUCCUCUCUCCAUCCCUCCAUCCUCCUCCUCCUCCUCGACCAUGGAGGAGCUGCCCUGACGCUCGGAGCAGAGGAGCAGACGAGAGGAGCAGAAUAAAGGAGCAGAAGAAGAAGAAGAAGGAGCCGUAGACCAGCAUGCCGUUGGUGAAGAGGAACAUCGAGCCCAGGCACCUGUGCCGGGGGGCGCUGCCAGAUGGGGUGACCAGCGAGCUGGAGUGCGUCACCAACAGCACCCUGGCAGCCAUCAUCAAACAGCUGGGCAGUCUGAGUCGCCAUGCAGAGGACAUCUUCGAACUGUUUAAUGAGGCCAACAGCUUCUACCUGAGGAUGAGCAGCCUCCAGGAGCGAGUCGACCAGCUGGCUGUGAAAGUCACCCAGCUCGACUCCACCGUGGAGGAAGUUUCUCUGCAGGACAUCAACAUGAGGAAGGCCUUCAAGAGCAGCACCAUCCAGGACCAGCAGGUGGUGUCGAGGACCUCGGUCCCCAACCCUGUGGUGGAGAUCUACCAUCGCUGUGACAAACCUCCACCGCUGAACAUCCUCAGCCCAUACAGAGAUGACAAGAAGGACGCGCUGAAGUUCUACACUGACCCCUCCUACUUCUUCAACCUGUGGAAAGAGAAGAUGCUGCAGGCCACGGAGGACAAACGCAAGGAGAAGCGACGACAGAAGGGCUGUCCGGCCCACCCCGACAGGCCCCACUCCAGACAGGCCCCACCCAGGAGCCCCCUGUCCAUCUCUGAGCAGCAGAAGCAGGUGGAGGACCCGGGUCGAGAGGUCAAGAAGGUGCGUAAGGCUCGUAACCGGCGUCAGGAGUGGAACGUCCUGGCCUACGACAAAGAGUUCAGACCCGACGCGAGGCUCACGCCCUCCCCGUACCACGGCAUGUCGUCCGAAGGCUCCCUGUCCCCCGAUAGCAGAUCAAUGGCGUCUGACUCGUACCCAGCGAGCCCCAACCACCCCUCCACCCAGGCCCCCAGCGCCGCCCACCCCAUCGACCACCACGCCAGGGACCACCUCAGCGCCGCGGCCCAGACUCAGUCACUGGAUCGGGGCCUCAGGCCGGCCACCCAGCCCCCGGGGGCCGCAGGUGCCGCAGCGGCGGGGAGGCACGUCGCCUCCUUGGGCAGGACCCCCUCUGGACACGCCGUCCAGGCUGGCGGAGAUCCGACGGUUAACGGGCCGCGGCAGCAGUCGGUUAAGGAGUACCGAGCUGCACAAGGUGCUCAGCCCUCCACCAUCCCAGAGUACUACAUCCCACCUGCCCCUCCCCCGCCACCCCCCAUCCCCUCUGCCCAGACGGCCUUCGACUCCACCACGGCCCCGCCCUGCGCCGCUGCCGCCUCCGCCGUCCCCCCGACCUCUGCCACCCUCUCCCGCCCUUACUCCCCAUCCCCUCCUCCUCCCCCGGCCAACUACGUGCCAUCUCCCUCCCACCCUCCUUCAGGCGCACCCCCCGCCGCCCCACCGCCUCCGCCGCCAGGAGCCCUCAUCUUCCACCAGACCCACCCGUCCCCUGUGGGCCAGUGCGCCUUGGAUGCGGCGGCACAGGCGAGGAAGUCAGCCCUGCCGGGGAUGGUCCCGAUGAGCGAUGCCCGCUCCGACCUGCUGGCGGCCAUACGUAGAGGUAUCCAGCUGAGGAAGGUGCAGGAGCAGAGGGAGCAGGAGGCGAAGCGAGAACCCGUGGGCAACGACGUGGCCACCAUCCUGUCACGCCGUAUCGCGGUGGAGUACAGCGAGUCCGACGACGACUCCGAUGCCGACGAGAACGAGUGGUCCGACUAAAGGUCAAAGGAAGUGAGCUGGAGACGGGAGCUCGGUGGGUGGUGGUGAUGACGAGGGGGAGCCUGAAGGGGGAGACACUGAGGUGGUGGUGAAGGGGUUCGUUAAUCAUAAACAGUAAAAAGAUGAAUGAAAUUCAAUCGUACAAACAUUCACACACAUUCUCCAGCCUCUGUGAACAGGAAACACUUCAACAGCAACAGGUCGGUUGCUUCAGCUCGCCUGGUUGCCCCUGACGACACCACCCGGAGUGUACGGCACAAUAAUCACACACUUACAUUUCAACUACCCCCCCCACGCCCCCGUCCACUCAUUCUUAACCACCAACUCUCAGCUGUGAAAAGCAAACUCCCUCGAUACAUAUUAAAAUUUAUAAUUAUUAGCAAUAUUAGAGGCUCUGAAAGUGAAGCCGGGCCCCGGUGAGUCCGAGGGCGAGGAAAGAGUUUACAAAACACAUGGUACAGCACAAGAAUAAUUAUAGUGCAAUCACUUAUCUGCCAAAUGUUGAGAAAAGAAUUUAUGAGACAAGUCGUUUGAUAAUCAGGGAAAAAAGUUUUAUUGGCGGACGACUCCGCUCCGCAGGGCUGCGCCAGUUUAUAAAACGUGUGCACGCUCGUUAAGAGACGACACCUGACCUGUGGGAGUUUGGUUAAAAUCUGCAAAACAUGAAAGAAAUGAAAAUGAGAAUAUUUCCAGGUUUAACAAUAUAACAAAUUCAAUUUAAAGCUUUUUGGAUAAUUCUCCUAUCUGCUAGAAAGCAACUGUUUUAAACCUCAUAUUUUAAAGUAUAAUCUUUAUCAAGAGUUUUGCUAAGAUCAGCAUUGACGAAUCCAUAGAAAUUUUUAAAAACUAAAGUGAUAUUAUGCAGAACAGUGGUUACACACUUUAAAAAAAGUUAUUAUUCAAGAAGAUGAAAGAAAUGCUCAAACAUAAUGAUUUACUGUUUUAAAAUCAAAACCUUUUGUCGUCUCUGGUUCUCGUCGUGUUUUAAAAUCGAUCAGAAAACCAAACUCCCAGAGAGUCGGUGUCGUCCUCACUCCUCCUGGUGAAGUUCAGUCGUGUAAUAGAAACUGUGAUGAUAGACGCCACCCGCCAGGACUACGCUGGUUUUGGGGGAAACAAGCGCCACCAGCAGCCGCCUCGUCAGAGAGCUCAGUGAUUACUCAUCGUUCACAUCAUAGCAUCGAAACAAUAGAGCGAGCGAGCGAGCUUCAUUACUUUGCUGUAUUUUUUAUUCUACUUUUUAAUUUUUUUGGUCUUUUGUAGUUUUACAUUUCAGCCAGUGACUGUGUGCUGUGGUAUUGGUCGUAUAUAAACGCUUCCACACUCGCAAAAGCUCGCCAUCCCGACCCGGGGUCAAAGGUCACAUCCGCUCUUUCAUGUGAGGCUUUGUGAACGCAGCCCCGGACUAUAAAUGCAUACGUAUAAGAGACUUUGCAACAGUAAUAUCAGUAUAUUCUCUUCUCUCUUUUCAGUAUGAGCUGAUUGGACUGUGGUGUUUUUAUAAUGUGGUUUUUAUUUUUUGAAACGUGCUGCGGUGAGUUGUUCACUUUGCUUUUUAUUUGAGGGUUUUUUCUACUGUCGAAGGCCGGAGAGCGAGUUGAAGGACGAUUCCAACUUUUUCUUUUCCAGGUUCCAGGUGAUUUACGAAUCUAAUCUCGAGCCAAAGCAAACAUCCCACAAUCACAUGAAUCAAUCAGCGUUUAACUCUGUUUUUACAUGUUCCAUUUGUUUCGGUUUCACAAGCUUCAGUGAUUUCUGACGAUUUUGCAGAUAGUGCCACAGCUUAAAGGCAAAGCAUUCUGGGAAGUGUAGUGCUAUUCGACAGUGAGACAUGGAUUUGUCUUUUUAAUAUGAAACAUGUGAACAGAUGCUGUUUCAUGUUAUUUUAAUUUGUCCAUUCGUGUUGACUUGAGCCAAACAUGCACUUUAAACAGUUUCUAGAAAAACAGUCACACUAUUUUCUAAAUUCCACAUCAAAAAUGAAAAGAAGGAAUUCUGUUAUAUAUAAUAUAAACUGUAUAUAAAGAUGAUCGACACGACGUGACCUCCAGGAAUUAAGCAAAAAUAUUUCUGAUUUGAACGCCGCCAUCUUGCACUAAUUAUGGGAUUUAGAGAACACAGAAACAGAAAGAUUUACUUGACCAUGAAAUUAGCAGAUUAAUGCUAAUUGGCUAAUUGAGCUCAUCGAAAUGACUAAACUAAACCCCGAGAGAGAGCAGGUGAAUAUAUCAAAUAUCUGAAACUAUUUUUAGUGCAUAGUUGUUGUUCUCACCAUAUUAUGUUUAGUUUUCUGUACAUAAAACCACACGGUAGUUAAACGAACGUGUCGCUCAGCAGCUGCACGCUGGAGAAGAAUAUUAAUUACAGCGCGGACGUGUCGAUAAGCUCCCGGUUGGUUCUCGCUCGAUUGUUUAAGGAAACUGUGCCAACACCUGCAUUUCUGGACGUGAUUGUUGUAUUAAAAAAAAAAAAAAGAGCAAAUAUCAAACAGCUAAAAUGUGGAUGUGCUCGAGACCUGGGAUGAGUUUCAGCCAGAAAAAAUGGGUCCGAGCCGGACUCAAAAUCUGGGGGAAUAACAAUCCAGGUACGACUGUGUUAUCUCGUGGUUUUGUUUGUUAUGCAAGAGCCAUAGAUGAAGUCAGUGCUAAAAAUAAAGCCGGCGUGUUUGGAUCAGAGCACUUCAUGGCCUUUCCGUGUCCUAGAAUGUAGAGCUGUGACUGUGAAACACGCCGACAAAACUCUGGUUCUUGCCAUUUCUCAGAAACUUAAAAAACCACAGUUACCAAACCUGGGAGACAAAAAGCAGCAAAUCCUUAUUUAAUAUUCUCAACAAAAAAAAAAAAAAUAACAGAAACCUGAGGCACCAAAGGCAGAGAUGUCAAACCCUCUAAACCUUAUGUAUCUAUGGCUACUUGUGAAGAAACGUCAUCGUGUUGAAAAUGUGAGAAACGAAUCAUGUUGUAUAGACUUUUGGUAAAGAAAAGCCUGUAAAGUAAAAAAAAAAAUACAUUUGGAGUAAUAUAACCUAGACGACGAAGCAAAAUAAAACUGUGUAUUGCACAUUAAACGCAACUGUUAGCAAGUAUGCAUGUAACUAUAGACAAUAAAUGGUGAAUUCAA